UCACAGAGUGGAGUCCCCGAGACCUCUCCGGGGCGACAUUCAGACAGAGCAGGCUCCAGGCCACCACGAUGCCCGCACCUGCCUCCCCACCCCGCCUGCCUCGGCCAUCCCUGCUGCUGCCUCUGCUGCUGGGCCUCACAGGUGUGGCAGGUGAGGCGGAGCUGCAGGUGAUCCAGCCUGAGAAGUCAGUGUCUGUCGCAGCUGGACAGACAGUCACUCUGCACUGCAGUCUGACCUCUCUGCUCCCCCUUGGGCCGGUUGAGUGGUUCAGGGGAACAGGGCCAGCCCGGGAGUUAAUCUUCAGUUCCAGAGGAGGCCACUACCCCCGAGUGACAAAGGUUGCAGAUAACACAAGGAGAAACAACACGGACUUUUCCAUCCACAUCAGUAACAUCACCCCAGCAGACGCCGGUACCUACUACUGUGUGAAGUUCCAGAAAGGGACCCCUGACGUGGAGUUUAAGUCUGGACCAGGCACCAGGAUGUUUGUACGUGAAGCUAAGCCCUCUCUUCCAGAGGUUUCUGGCCCCUCCAACAGGGCCAGCCCAGGCCAGAGAGUGAAUCUCACCUGCACAUCAACUGGCUUCUUUCCCAAAAACAUACAGCUGAAAUGGCUUGAAAAUGAUGUGGAGCUUCCGGCAUUUCAGACUCUGGUUUUCCUGCCUAGAGAUGCUGGAUCCUACACCAUCGUCAGCACGGUGCUGGUGACCCUUGACUUAUCCUCACUCCACUCCCAGCUCACCUGCCAAGUGGCUCACAGUACAUUGCAGAGCCCCCUCAGUAGGCACGUGAACAUCUCCAAAUUCCUCCAAGAGGACAAAGAGCUGUUCACCUGCGAAGUGCGGCAAGAGGCCCAGCCACCGAUCCAGGCCCGCGUGCGGCUGAGUGAGUCCAGAGACCAGCCAGCGUGUUUGGGGAAUUGUGGGAUUUGGUGCUUACAGACCACUGGAAAUCCUCACUGCCUUAGCUCCCACGUUCACUGCGAGCUCCUGGAGAAUCAGGAAUCUGCAAGACCCACAGGAUCGCCACCAAACCUAAUCCAGAGCAACACUGGCAAGGAGUUCUGGAAAAUGUGGUUCCCAGACUUUCAGCCCUCCGAUAAAGAGAAGAGAGAAAGGAAUGGAGAUAAAGCCUGA